AUGGUAUCUCCUGACAUCUCUCGUCGCAAUUUUUCAAUUCAAGUCUUUGGGAAUAUGUUUUUCAUCCUGUUUUUUGGCGAGAUCAUUGUCUGGCAACAUAAUAGUUCUACAUCUCGACCCGAGGCUGAAGGGUUUGCGGAGCCCGGACGUAUUCUGCUGUUAUUGGCUUUAGGGUCAUUAUUCUUCAUCUACUCGAUGAAAGUCGCAUACAUGGCAAAUCCGGACACGAGGGAGCUCCAUGCAAACUUUUUAGGUUGCCCAGAAGUCGUCCGUCAGUGUCUCAAGGCGCUUCACAUUCACCGCCAAUUUGUAAGUGAUCCGGAAUAUCAGCUUCUACCACAGGAGAAACCUCACGAUUUUCCAUCAGAGCUGAAGUCCAGGUCUCCCGACGAGACGGAUUCCAUCGCAGUCUCCAGUCCCCAAAUUGUCAACUUCGUGAGCUGA